CUUGGAUCUUCAGCUAUAAAAAAAACUAGAAGAAAAUCAUAUUUUGCGUUUGCCUAUCAAAGCGUGUUGAACUGUGCAGAUCGGUCGUGAAUCUCAAGUAAAAAUGGACUUUUUGCCAGUACAAAACACAGGUGAGUACCGUUAAAAAAAUUAACUGCUUAGAUAUCGAGUUAUGUUCAACAUAUUUUAAGAAACUACUUAAACCAUUCUGGGAUUCGACGUUUUGUUAGGAACUCGAGUUUUUUCAUUCGACGUUUUAUCAGGAACACGAGUUUUUUUAUUCGACGUUUUGUUAGGAACACGAGUUUUUUCAUGGUCCCACGCUUACGCAACAAAACGAAAACCAUGUAGCUUAUUUCUUUCUUAAUCACUCAGUUAACUGUCAAAAUUCGUUUGACGAAGAUGAAUUAACAAAAUUAAAUUAAAAUUGCUUUUAGUAACAAUAGAAAAACUGAAUUUUUGGGCGGAGUAAACCGAGAAUAUAUAAUAACACUACGUAAAGUUUUCUAGACCUUUCUAGCGACACAAGAAAGACCGAACUACUAUUUUUGAAUACAACAAGGCUAUUGGCUGACUAAAAUAUAGUUUGACAUUCUAGUCUCCACGUUUAUGACAAUAGUAUGAGUCGUUUUUCUUUAAAGACAGAGACAGUAAAAAAAAAACUUAAAUUGCGAUGCCGAAUCUUACUUCGCAUUUUGAAGAAUGAUAUUGAUACAUUCCAUAAUUUUCCAAAAAGUACACUAUUAUAACUAAGAACACAAAAGGCAUGAAUUUUCAAACGUGGUAAAGAGCAAUUAAGAUGACUAAAAGCUUUAAAGCGCUCACACCUGUAUCUUGACAGAAAACGACGUGGACAAACUGAAGGCCGUCAUUUUCCUCCAGUCAGGUGAGCCAUCAUAAGCUGGUUACGUAGCAACCAAUUUUCCAUGAAAAUGGCAAGAAAUAUUUGACCGACAAACAUGUUUAGAAGAACGAAGAUGUAAAAUUUUCCCGUCGUAAACAGAAUAUCGUACCUGAAAUUAAUAAUUAACCACUUCAUUGUUUGUAAAUAGUUUACCGCGGGUACUUGGCCCGCAGGAGAGUUCAAGAGAUGAAAGAACGAUCCAGUGGACAAGAAACAGCAGUGAUUUUCUUUCUACAACAGGUCAGUAAAAAUUUUACCAUUUUUUUUGAGAAUGAAAAGAGUACAAUUUCAGGAGUUUCAAUAAAAGUCGGUAACCGGCAGUCUAUCGCCGCCUGAAAUACCCCUAACAGCAGGCUCCCGAGUUUGAUUUUCGCCUUGGGGCUCAGCCGCCAUCGGCAGCUGUAUUUCGAAAAAGUUAUUGAGCCCCAACGUAGUUUCUUUGGGCUUAGAAUUUUAACUUCUUGAUCAAGGGUUCGACGUUAAUUAGGUUUAAUUGAACUUCCAGAAGAAAUUUUAAAACAUACAAAUACCACUCACAGUUUUUAUUACGUUAUCCAGUGGGCAAAGAAACCGGAAUAGACAAACCUAUCAGCUGGAGAUUGUAAUCUUAAUUACUAGAAAAACAAUUUCUCGUUAAAAAUUUACAAGAAAGUUCUAGUAACCAGAAUAGAAUUGCUAAGUUAAAAAACAGUCGGUCGAGGAAGCUAAUAAAGAUUGAGUUAUUUCAAAAGAAGAUUGUGAUAACUCCCUGAAUAAUAACCAUUACAAUUUCCUCAAAUGUGAUUGGUGCAUUAGCUGCUUUAUAGUUCACUAAUCGUUCUGUACAGCUGUAAUCGAUCAGUGUAUUCGGACAGUUGGCUGUAAUUGGACACCUGUAAUCGGACAGUUGAAGCAGCCAAUCAUAUUAAGUCCACUCAGCAAAAUCCACCAAUCACAGAAUAGAUCACAAUAACCAUAGCAACAACUGCUUAUCCUGGAAAAAAAAUUGAGGAAUUUCAAAAUGGAGGAAUUUUUUAUUUUAGACAUUGUCUCUACUGGACAUGUGUGCCCCAAAUGUAUUUGUUGUUUUCAGAAAUUGGAACAGUUAUAAUUAAUUGGUAACAGGACUUUGUGUCGUCCUAUUCCUUCUGUAAUCAUACUCAUGACUGACAAAUCUUUUUUAUCAAAUCGAUUUGUUAAUCGCACGUACAAUUACAGGCCGAAUUUGACUCCACUUGGUCCUAUUAUCGUAAUUUGAUUAACUUUACUGGACCAAGAGUUGCUUUUCAUCAUCUGAAUCGUGCAGUAUCACAACUAUUACAUACGUUGCAAGAAGCAUAAUUCUUUCCGUAGAGAGAGAUUAUGGAUGUACGAGAUGUAUUUUUGAUAAAUCGGGAGCGAAGCAUUUUAUGAAGUUUCCUGCAUUUUCAUUUUAGGUGGAAAAUUCAUCUGAGCACAUCUACAACUGUCAAAAAACCACAAGGAAACUCCUUAGAGGUCUGUUUUCUUUUAGACUUUUCUAUAUUUUUUAAACACCGUUUUGGGUGGAUCCUUUUAAACAUUCUCAGUUGCUUGACAGUUGGCACUCAUUCAGUUGACCUGUUUGAAACUGGUUUUACUAUUCUUAAACCGGUCACACAGGUAAACUUCCAGACAAAUAACUACUCUUUCAGGAAGGGAUUUCUAAGCCGUUGGAUAACCAUCUUCAAAUUAACUUUGAGCAAUAAAUGCUUAGUUCUGAUGUAGACAGGUGGAAAUUUUCAUGUUAAAUACGCGCAUCUGUUCUAAUGAGUCUUCCUGUCAAAAAUAUUCCAAAAGGUUUUAGUGCUGAACGAACGCAGUCGCAUUUUGCAACGUAUGUUGCAAGGGAGGGUAAUGCAAGCGUAUAAAUUUUUUCCUUCCCGUGCGGUAGAUUCAGAUUUGAUUAUAACAUGCCUAGCAGUUUUUUUCUGCUUCCCCUUAAUUCCAGCAGGAGUAGUGUGAGCAACACAAGAGUCAUAUAAAGCAUUGUCGGCUCAAUGUUUUUUCCCCAAGUCUUUCGUCUCAUUCCUCAGGUUGACUCUUACUCAAGUUCUUCCUUCACUGCUUAAAGGAAACGAAAAAGGACUGCAACGUGGAAUAGUUUGGGAAAGACCUCUGCCGACAAUUUGAAGAGAUAAUUUGGUUUAAAUUUGAAACAUGGGGGCUUUUUGAUGACUUUGAGUUUAAGAUAGUUAAAACUUAGCCUGCGACUCUCCAGGCCCACAUCACAAGUUUUUUUUUGCUCGAGCGUCUCUUUUCCUGCUAGGAAUUAAGAGGCCUUGAGUGACGCCAGCCGGCAAGGGGUCUGUUUGGAGUUGUAAAGGGGUUUACACCUCAUUAUUAGCGCCAGACCCCGGCAUACCUCGCCCCGACUCGUCUCAAAUCUUUCCGCGGGCAGAGAAACGCCCGUCCUGCGGCGCUACUAAGAAGAGCCUGCUCACAGGUUCAAUGAAAGAGAAAAAGAAAAUUCCUGUUGAUUCUUUUUAGAGACGUUCAAAUCUCACAUAUUUUAAACUGACCGACGGACAAGUUUUUUUUUUACGUAUAAUUUUUUUAAAUUCAACAGCUUAGACACCCCAGUCAAGAACCUUGUGGAGCAAUAGCCUGGGAUUGCUGAAUUUCAAGUGUAAAUGCACUAUUAACGAUCAUGGUGAUAUUUUGUGGGGGAUGUUCAACUAACAUGCAUGAACUGUAAGAAAUUUGAAGUACAACACUGGGCGUUCCCCUCUCUAUUUGCUUGCAAAGUAUCUGUAAGAUAGAGGGAUGUAAAAUCCAGUAACGUUACUGAGACAUACCUAAGCCUAUCACUCUGCUUUUAAAUCUAGCAAUUUUUUGCGAUAUAAGGGGCCACUACUCUAUUCCAAUAGCCUACAUUUGGUGCAUUGAAAAAACUCUACCACUCAUGUAACAACUUUUUGACUUCCAGGGCAAAAUAAAGCUUAAAUUUCUCCAUGCAAAGUCGAUUACUUUGCAGAAUUGUGAAGCUGACAAGUGUUAGAAUUCUACACCCUUCUUGUGUCUUUGAGACAGAGCCUCCCAUAUCUACAGCCUUAAUUCCUAUCAGCCC